AUGGAAUCAUUUAAUGGGCCUAAUUCAGGAGUAAUUGCAGGAGUCAAGUACUUUUGUAUAAAACAUUUUCUCCAAUAUUGCCAACAGAGUUCUUGCAGGCCCAGGCUGCACAUUCUCCCCUCCUCAGGUGAGCUACCAAAUAAACAAGACCAUGCAGAAGAGCUGAGUGCUAGGAACUGGCGUGGGUUGAUUUAAAUCCCCCAGGAGCAGACCUCAGGAAAGCCUGAUUGUUCCCCCAGGCCCACCUCCAGAAAGCCAAGCCCUCCACACCAGCCUGCCCUUGGCCAAUUCUACGGGCUGACAUGGGACAAGUUUUCAAGGCAAGGAACAGUCCCUGAUAUGCAGCCCUGCACCGUUGGCAGGGGGCAAGCUCUGGCUGUUCCGCAAUGCCUGGCACCCCUAAAAGGGGGUAAGAGGACUUCCUUGUAAGGUUGCCUGAUUGUGCAUUUAUAUUUAAUACUAGGGACUACUGUCCCAACUUGCUCCUCUGACCAAUGCCACCUACCAGCCAGCCCCUUUGCCAACCCCCCUUCCCCCACACCUGACCAACCCUUACUCUCUUUAUGUCUCACCCACUCCCUUGUCUAUCCCCUCCCAGCUCACCCAAACCUCUCCCCCCAUAGCUCAAUCCCAAUCCCUCCUCCUCUCUGCUCGCCCCACCCCUCCCAGUCACAGAUCACUCCAAGCCCUUCCCCCUCCCUCUUUCUAACAGCUCAUCUCACCCUCUUUGAAAGGAGGGUGCGGGGUACUUCAGUAAGUGGUUUAGCGCUCUACUCUCUGAAGUACCUCCCACCCUCUUGGCUGCCUGCUUGCUUGCGCAUCUGCCUGCUAGCCUGUUAUCAUGCUGGAGUUUCUGUGGCCACCUAUUGGUGACCUCACAAGCUGCAGCAUGAUGACAGCCUUACUGCUUUAUUAUAUAGUAAGAAAUGGUAUGGGAUAUAGAUAGGGAUAAUAAUGCUGUGGGCUUGAUAUCAAGAGGUCCUUCCAUUUCCUCCUGCAGGUCUGUGUCUUGUUCUUCCUCUCAUUUACCCCUCUUCCCUGAAUUUGCAGUGCAGCAGGUAUAACAUUUCUUCUGUUUGUUUCUUCUGUUUACAGUGGCUGUAGCUGCUGGCAUUAUCCAAUCACUUAAGCAAUUAUACAUGGUGAAUCACAGGUAUGAGUCAGCAAAUUCUGGCACUGUACUGCAGGGCAACACUGGACCAAAGUCUAGCUAGAGUGACAUUCAUUUCCUGCCUCUUGAAUAUACAGCGCUUGAGCCUUGCAUGACCUUGAGAGUUUAAAUUCCAGAGAGCCACUUUGCAGAAGGGUAAGUUCUGUUUCUCAAAUACCAAUGUGCAGAUUUGGUUUGAGUUAUGGUUGCUUUGGAACCGUUCUUUCCCAUACAACAUAAAAGAAAAACUGCAUUGUUUUCUGCUGUUACUCUCAGUAGGGACCUUCUUUAAAAAGCGAAGGAGCUCAGUCAAAUACAUGAGACUUCAGAUGGAAGAAAACAUAGACACAGAGAAGCCACAGCUGUACACAAAUUAUUUUUUUGUAAACUUUGGGUUUUGGUUCAUUAUCUUAGCAUUAUUUUCUUCUACCAGCUCAGAAGACAGUCUAAGGUCUGUUUUCCAGGAUAACUCCAUGGGGGAAAGAAGCAAAAACAUCAUAAAUAGGAACACAGAAAGCUGCCUUGUACUGAGUCAGACCAUUAAUCCAUCUAGCUCAGUAUUGUCUACAAUGACUGGCAGAGGACCUCCAAGAUUCCAGACUGGGUACAUUCCUAGCUCUGGAGAUGCUGGGGGUUAAACCUGAGACCUUCUGCCUGCAAAGCAGGUGCUCUACCACUGAGUUAUGGCCUUACAUAUACACACACACACACACACACACACACACAGUGAUAUACUAGAUCCCUGGCAUGAAAGGGGCAUCACAUGACUGCUGGGGAGUGGUGCCAAGAUUCCUAGGCCCAGCAUCAAGCAUGCUGCCUGACCCAUGUUCCAGAAGUCCAUGCGUUGGUCUGCUCAUGUUCAUGAAGAGGCCUAUAUGUGGCAGCUUGACUGAUGCCAGAGAUGAGACCAGGAACAUAACUGCAACCUUCAUGGAGGUAACAUAUAAAGGGGACACUGAACAGCCUUUAUGUAAAUCUUCAGAUCUCCACCACUGCCCUAAUGCAAGGAUUCAACAUUGCUGUUAUACCCCCGGAUGAUACCCCAGUUAUAUUUAAACUGGUGGUCAUAGCUCAGUGGUAGAGCAUCUGCUUUGCAUGCGGAAGGUUCAUGGUUCAAUCCCCAGUAUCUGAAGGUUGGGCUGGAAGAAACUCCUUUCUGGGAUCCUGAAGAACGUCUGCCAGUCAGUGUAGACAACAGUGGAAAAAAGACAGUCAUGCAACCAAAAGAUUAACAAAACAAAACAAAAGAAUUGCCGUGAAAAUCCCUGAAACGAGAGGUAAUUGACUAUAGAAUUAAAUUAAAUAACAAAAAUCAGAAAAUUUAAGGGAAAAUUAACCUAGAAGACUUAACGAGAUGCCGGCUACAAAACUCGUUUCACUGAACUAAUCAGUUUCCUCAGAAGGAAAUAAAGAAUUUUAUAACUUUAAAUGAUUUUAAGUGAUAUCAAACAAACUCAAGAGCAGGGCUGAAACGCUGAAAAAAGGUAUAAAAACCUCAAUGACAAGUUUUGAACAUAGCCCUAUUUAAGAGAACUUUGUAAAUCUUAAAUUAUUUUAAAUGAUUUCCAGCAAACUAAAGAGCAGGGAUGAAACGCUCCCUGAGUUUAAAAAAGGUUUUAAGAAAAAGUUACAAAGGAAUAAGAGAUAAGCUGUUUAGGUUUCAAACAAACUCAAAAACAGGACAGAAACUCAAAAGCAGGGCUGAAGCGCUCCUGACUGCUGAUGUUGAAGACUUCUCUUUUGUUUUGUUUUGUUAGUCAGUGUAGACAAAGCAGAGUGAGAUGAACCAAUGUCGUGACAUAGUAUAAGGCAGCUUCCCAUGUUCCUGUGUUCCUUCUAAAGAGAGAUCAUAGUAUCAUAGAACUAUAGAGUUGGAUCAUCCAGUCCAACCCCCUGCAAUGUGGGAAUAUGUAGCUGUCUCAUUGAACCUGCAACCUUGGCAUUAUCAGCACCACGUUCUAACCAACUGAGCUAUCCAGGCUGAUCUCAAUAUGAUUGCACAUGGAAGCACUGAUCAUCCUCUUGAUAACAGCAACCUUAUUAAUGUAGUCACAGUAUCCAAAAUACAUCAGACACAGUCUAUACUUCUAAGACAUUGGACUACUUGAUCUCUAAUGGCAUGCUUCAGAGAUGAUCUUGAGAUGUUAUCUGCAAGCCCCAACAGGAUGUCUACAGUAUUUUAACAGAAUAUUGCAAAAUGCUUAAUUUUCUCCCCCUGGCAAAACAGAAAAGAGGCAAUUUGGCAACUAUGUCAAGCAAAAGUUUUGCAACAACAAAAAAAUAGAGGGUAAUUUAUCAUGUAGAUAGAUACCUACUACUCUAAUGCUCAAAGCAUUUGUGUUGGCUGAAACUCUACCCCAUGAAAUGCUUUUAUGCCACUAAAACCAUCCACAGAUGUGCUUAUUUUAAUUCUCCCCCAGCUUCAAAAAAUAAAAUCCGGGCAAGCAGAUUGCAGCAGUCAAAUAGUAUUAAAAAGCAACAUAUCCACCCACCUGCCCAUGCAUCCCCACCCCCAUGAUCCAGAAAAGGAGAUGCAAUCAUGGAAGAAGCCUUUCUGUGAAUUUCCUUUCUCAGCCAGGAAUCAUCAUGCAUGCUUGCGAACUAGGUGUGCCUGCAUUCACAUUCACAUUCAGGUACAAAAGACCUCAUUUGUGGAUGAGAGUCCACACUUCCAUCUGCAUUUGCUUUGUGGAUGAUGAAUGCAUAUUGGCAACUGCUUUGCAUGUCAAGGCCCCAAGGAGAAUAAUGGCGCGAGGCUGAAAGAGGAAGGCUCAGAAUCGCGCCAUGGCUUAAAUCGUUCCUGGCCACAACCCCAAGCGACCUGAUUGGCUGCCUGGCAACCUGACAUGACCGGGGUCUCCCCCAGCGUGAUGCGGGACGCUGUCCCACCCUGGCGCUGAGGGGAGUGGCUAGGUGGCCGGACCACAACCCAGCCCCACCAGGAAGUGGACCUGAUUUCUCAAGCUGUUCACACACCAGUGCCUGAAAUCAAAUCUGGAACAGGAUACAGUGGUACCUCGGGUUACAGAUGCUUCAGGUUACAGAUACUUCAGGUUACAGACUCUGCUAACCCAGAAAUAGUACCUCAGGUUAAGAACUUUGCUUCAGGAUGAGAACAGAAAUUGUGUGGCAGCGGCGUGGCGGCAGCGGGAGGCCCCAUUAGCUAAAGUGGUGUCUCAGGUUAAGAAUAGUUUCAGGUUAAGAAUGGACCUCCAGAACGAAUUAAGUUCUUAACCCGAGGUACCACUGUAUUUAUUUUAAAAACAAAAACAAGCAGCAAAGAAUCAAAUCAAGUCCAGAAACAUAUGAAUGAAACUUACAAGAACAGCAUCAGUCUAAGCCUGACAAAAAGUCAGGAAUUGAUGUACAAUGAACUAAAAAAUACGUUUAGAUAUACCUUCCCCAGAAAACCUGAGGCAUUCUUGCUGGGUCUGAUGGGAGAAGAAAUUGCAAAGAUAGACCAAAGACUAUUUAUGUACGCCACAACUGCGGCAAUAACUUCAUUAGCCCAAAGAUGGAAACUGCAGGAAUUACCAACGAUUGAGGAGUGGCAGACGAAGAUGAUGGACUAUGCGGAACUGGCCACGCUGACAGGCAGAGUCUGGAAUCAAGAUGACCAAAAAUUUCAGAGAGGUUGGAGUAAAUUUAUUGGGUAUAUGAAUAAUUAUUGUAAAAAUGUGAAGACACUAUCAGGACUGAUAUAAAUUCUGCAACGAAAAAAAGGAAGUUCUAAAACUUUCUAGACCAAAGAGACAGAAUUGAUUAUAAGGACAUAAAGGUCAGAAGUAGAGGAUAUAAAGUGUGAUACAAAGACUUGAAAAUAAAAAACCUGCUGAAGAGAUGGAGGGAAGUAAGUCAUGAGCUCAGUAGAGCAAAGAAUUUAUUUGUUUUGUUAUUGAUAUGUUGAAAUAUUGUGUUAAAAAAGAAAUCAAUAAACAUUAUAUUUAAAAACUAUAAAUAAAUAAAUUGUCGCUUUCCCACUCACUCCAAAACAGGUGCAACAGGUGUCCCCAAUAAUUUUGUAAAGUCAGAAACAAGAGUAUGAGAAUGUGACUGCAGAUUCACAUGAUCCCCUUCCAACCAGCUAACCCCUGUACUACACUAGCUUCCAUCAAGGAUAUGGCCCAUUCUGAAGACUUCUGUUAAUCUCCAAAUCACUUGUGGCUGACAUGUUGGCCUAAGAGACCAAGUCAGAACAUAAGUUUCUUCUGCACAUCCUUCAUUAAUCAGAAACAUCAAGAAAUGUUCCCUUUGUAUAUUCAGACAGAGUGUGUCUUCCAGUAAAUUGUCAGCUGUGUUUCCCUGGCAGGCAGAUGUUACUUGUUAGCAAGUGUCAUGACAAACUAUUUCCCGUCCCCAAAAACCAACAUAGACACAAGCCCAUAUUAGGUGAUGUGCAGCUUAGCUCAGGAGUGGGCAACCUUUCAUAGAUAUAUUACACACACACACACAAACACACACACACCUCAUAUAUACAUAUUACACAUAUAUAUGUAAAUUGAUUAAAAAUAAGUUAUAUUACAGAAAAUGUGUUUAUUGGGAGAAAUAUGCACUAACAUGCUGAUAUGUUUUUGUUAUGACUUUUUUAUUUUUUUAAAUUGCACAAACUGAUGUGAAAAUGCAGUGAACUGAAACAAAGAUUGGGAAAAAAGAGAUGCUGAAAGAAGCAAAAAUUGAGAAAUUUGCCCGUGCCUAACCACAAGCGGGUUAGGCUGUGAGUUAAACCACAGAGCUUAGGACUUGUUGAUCAGAAGGCCGGCGGUUUGAAUCCCUGCGACGGGGUGAGCUGCCGUUGCUCAGUCCCUGCUCCUGCUAACCUAGCAGUCGGAAGCAUGUCAAAGUGCAAGUAGAUAAAUAGGUACCACUCCAGCGGGAAGGUGAACGGCAUUUCCGUGCGCUGCUCUCGUUUGCCAGAAGUGGCUUAGUCAUGCUGGCCACAUGACCUGGAAGCUGUACGCCGGCUCCCUCGGCCAAUAAAGCAAGAUGAGCGCCGCAACCCCAGAGUCAGCCACAACUGGACCUAAUGGUCAGGGGUUCCUUUACCUUUUUAACCACAAGCAGACUCCUCAUCUUCCCUGUAGAAUCCCCAUUACUCAAGCGCUCCAGCAUAAUUCCUCGGGUGGAUUUCUAUGUGUUGAACCUGGGGCACUUUGAAAACUUGGCCUGGAUCGAGGCAUGAAUCUGUCACAAACAUUACAUUGACCUUACAAAUAUUGAACUUGAAAAGGAGCUGUGAUGUCUGCUUUCGUUUGCUCUCCCUGGCUCUGCACUACCUCUCUGAAGCUUGUUAAAUUUUACAUGAUGUGCCAAAAGGGCAUUGAAACUAACCAGUCAGCAUCUCUUCCUUGAUAAGAGGGUUAAUCCCUUUAACUUCACAUGUUUUCAAUUGUUUAUAACCCUGUUGACUUUCAUAGACCUUAGCCAGGAUAUAGAGCAUUUCAUACUGUGUUUGGCAAGAGUUCUUUCACAGUGUGUCUCUCUGUGUUAAGUUGACUGGGGUUUCAAGCACACACACACACACACAAGUUCUUCCAAGUGAUACUUCUGAAAUUAUUUUGGCCUGGAAAACUAUUUUGGCCCCUAUGUGAUUUUAAAAAAAUAUUAUUCAACUUUACUUUUUCCUGUUUACAUUCCUAAUGGUGGGCUCUCUGUCAGGUUGUGGUGAUUGGCAGGUGUCUAACCAUGGUGACACCUGGGGAUGACCUUAUUAGGGAAGACUAAAGGAUCAUGUGCUAGACAUGCUUCUGAAAUUCUCCACAUUGCCAUUUCUCCUCAUUGGACUUUGAAGUUCUAGAUUACCCAGUCUAGUUUCUGAAGUGGAUUGGACAUUUCUUCUCCAAUCACACCUGCUCCUCCUCCUCCUCCUCCUGUUGCCUGUAGAUGUUUGGCAGAGACCCAAGACUCCACACUCAUCGCUUUAGUCUCUCUCAUAUGUCUAGUUCAGCACUUGAUGUAAUGAUUAACUUAGCCCUAGAUCUAUUACUAAUAGUUGGGUCCAGGGCUGUCUUUCUGAUGAACCUGAUAUGACCUUGAAAAAGACUCUUACUGGAACCUUCCCCCCCCAUCUUGAAUCAUUGUAAACAUGGUACAUUAGUUUACUUUCCGUGGAACAUUAGACUUCGAGCAAGUUCAGACAGGCUUGGAUCUUUUACUAAGCAGAUAUUCGUCCUACCUCCCGCAUUCAGUUAUAUAAAGGACAGAGAUUGCUCUGACUUUACCAGACACAUUUGUUUGUAUGUCAGGAAUUUAAUCCAAAGCAUUGUCUAGUUGUACUGUGCUGGGUGAAUUCUUAAGUACAUAUUGAGGUGUUCUCUUAUUUAUAUUUCUCAUUUUCAGAGCAAUGGGUCCAUUAAGUCUUCUUCGCCAAAGAGUCCUCAUCUGGUUUCCUCAGUGAUACCAUUUUUUUUCUCAAGAAAAGAGUGCCUGAGGAUAAGAGACUGCCUAAAGGAUUUGAAAUGCAUCUCUGCUAAUAUCUGA